GAAUCACGUGCGCUCCGUCCCCACCGCUCUCUCCAAAGAUGGUGGCGUAGGCUCGGGAUUUUAAAACCGAGACUCACCAACUCGUAUUUACAACCACAUUAAGCCGUUUUAAUUUAUUAUAAGUUAUUUUAUCAGGAAAAAUCAUCCAAAUAUGCCUAACAUCAAAAUUUUCAGCGGCAGCUCUCACCAGGAUUUAUCACAGAAGAUCGCCGAUCGGCUGGGGCUGGAGCUUGGGAAAGUAGUCACGAAAAAAUUCAGUAAUCAAGAGACGUGUGUGGAGAUUGGUGAGAGUGUUCGAGGUGAAGAUGUUUACAUUGUACAAAGUGGUUGUGGAGAAAUCAACGACAAUCUGAUGGAGUUACUCAUCAUGAUCAAUGCCUGCAAGAUUGCCUCAGCCUGUCGUGUUACUGCAGUAAUCCCCUGCUUCCCUUAUGCAAGGCAAGACAAGAAAGACAAGAGUCGAGCUCCUAUAUCUGCAAAAUUGGUUGCAAACAUGCUAUCUGUGGCUGGAGCAGAUCACAUCAUCACUAUGGAUCUCCAUGCCUCGCAAAUACAGGGUUUCUUUGAUAUUCCAGUGGAUAACCUGUAUGCUGAACCAGCAGUACUUAAGUGGAUUAGGGAGAACAUUCCAGAGUGGAAAAACUGUACCAUUGUCUCUCCCGAUGCUGGUGGAGCAAAGAGAGUUACAUCUAUUGCUGACCGGCUGAAUGUAGAUUUUGCACUGAUUCAUAAGGAGCGUAAAAAGGCCAACGAAGUUGACAGAAUGGUUUUGGUUGGUGAUGUGAAGGAUCGAGUGGCUAUUCUUGUUGAUGAUAUGGCAGAUACGUGUGGCACGAUUUGUCAUGCUGCAGACAAGUUGCUCUCUGCUGGAGCUACCAAAGUUUAUGCUAUUCUCACACAUGGAAUUUUUUCUGGUCCUGCUAUUUCCCGCAUCAACAAUGCCUGCUUUGAAGCUGUCGUAGUUACAAAUACAAUACCUCAAGAGGACAAAAUGAAACAUUGUCCUAAAAUACAGCUUUCUCACCAAUUCUCCAAUCAGUCUAAACAAGGGACCUGACUCAAACUGUCGUCUGUCCAUUCCCUUCAUAGAUGCUGCCUGACCCGGUUAUUGAUAUCUCCAUGAUACUCGCUGAAGCAAUUAGAAGAACUCACAAUGGAGAGUCCGUGUCCUAUCUGUUCAGUCAUGUUCCAUUGUAAUAUUUGCUAUCUACUGUUUGUGCAUAUUAUUCUAUCAAGUUUAAUUUUUCUUUAUCUUCCCCUCCUGCAUCAAAUGAUAAAAGAUGGUCUUUGUUGCUACAUUGUGGUACCAACAGAUCUCUGUUGGUGCAAAUGUUUUGUUUAAAUAUCCAUCAAUAUAUUAGAUGUUUACUGUUUAAAUGCAGCAGCUGUGAUUCGGUUUAACCGAAAUGAAACAUUUCAUAUCCCUCUUGGUAUCAAGAGGGAUUACUUUUUUUUAAAUCAUGUUUGGUGUAUUCCUGCCAUUCUUACUGCAUUGCAAUAUUGAUUGCAACACAUCUGCCACAAUAGAAGCUGCUGAUUUUUGUAGCAGAUUGUCGAUAUUUUAGAAAACUGGAAUAGAUUUAUUUUUUGUUUGGAGGAGGAAGAAACUGUGUGAAUGUACCUCAUCUCCUGUUCAUGUUAUUAAAUUUGUGCUUCUAUCAUUGAGACAAUGCAUUUCGGCAAAUUUUGUGUAUUUCCUAUCUCAAACAUUUGGCCUGAUGCAGACAAAGCAGGGGAUAACUUUUUUUUUUAUGCUGCCCUGUGCCUUAUUAGAAGUACAAUAGUUUCAUAGUUACAAAAUCCUAUUAUUGCAUGGUACUGGUGCAUUGCUUCUAAGAUGUGAUUGAAGCAGCUUGAUCUGUUCUCAGUCUAUUAUCUUCCAAGAAUAUUUCAAUGGAACCCUGGUGAAUAUGAAAAGCUUCUGAGGAUCCCAAGCAACUUUCUUUUGGCCCACGAGUCUUUUAAAAAAUGAGAAUUUAAUACAGGAUUCAAUUUUGUUGUAAAAUCCAAAUAAUUUGGAUCAACCAAUUCUAACUUGGCCUGUGUUAUAAACUUGAUUUGCUCAACAUCUUUAUUCUCAUUCUGUGUACAUUUAUGAGCCUUGUAUUAAAACAAAUGUUAUUAUCUCCUGCC